AUGGAUUCUACAUCAAGCUCUCGCAAUGGUCGGGCUACGCGCUCCUCGCUGGCUUGUCUACCCUGCCGCUCGCGUCAUGUGAAAUGCGAUGGCAAGCGGCCUUGCUGUGCCCGCUGCGCUGAAAUUGGGCAGGAUUGUAACUAUGCACGAUCCCGACGUGGCGGGCUCGACCGCGCAGCCCUGGCUGAUCGUCGCCGACGACUUGCAGCGAACGAUAGAACAUCACCAGCUCCUGACUCGAGUCGUCAACCACAUACAAGGACUCAACAGGUCCAGGAGCAUACCACUCCAUUGAUGGCCGAGGACCUUCGCCAUGAGCCGAACGAGAGGAUCAGUGUCGGCGAUGUCAUCUUAGGCAUCUCGUUUCCGGACGCAGGCAUCGCUCAGCCCGAUGACAUUGAGAGCGAUUUCUUGAUCAAUGCAUACUAUGAGAAAUUCCAUGGCUGUCACCCUUUCCUAUUACCCCGGAAACACCUCUCAAGAAUGUAUCAAGAUCCGCACAGACAGUCGAGCUUCACACCUCUUCUUGCUGUGAUGCGCCUAAUCGGACAUAUCUACACCUCGCACGAAUGGUCAACAUCGUUGAGAGACCAUAUUGAGGCCUGCUUUCUACAAGCAUCACCAUCUGAUCCAAUCAUGGUUCAAUCUCGACUCCUAUUCUCUAUGGCUUUGUUCUGGCACGACUACAAGGAUGCGGCCAAACUGGAAAUGGAUGCUGCUACCAGUCUUGCAGUUGAUUUAAAGAUGUAUCUGUCGGACUUUGCGGCAUCGCAUGGGCGCGAUGACCCCGUGCUGAAGGAGUGCUGGAGGCGAACAUGGUGGAUGCUGUACAUCGUCGACGCCUAUUACACGGGUACGCUGGGGACCAUGAACUUUCGAGUUGUGGAUAUUGCUGCUACGGUGGACCUACCCUGCGAAGAGCGAGAGUAUGAGUCGGGAGAUAUACCCGAGCCGCGCACUCUGCAAGAGUUCAACUGUCGCGAAUUCUCUGCCGAGCCCAUUCGUUUCUCAUCCUUUGCAUAUCUCAUUGGCGCCGUACAAUGUGCAGCAUCGGCGAUAGCCAUAGCGCCAAAGAUCGCAACCAAAGGAGACUCAACGCACGUCAUCCAAGCUGCAGACUGUAGUCUGGAUGGAUGGCGAUUGUUAUUACCGGAUGAUCGCAAGCAGCUCAUGGACAAGGAUGGAAAAAUUGACGAGCUAAUGUUUCAAGCCCACUUGAUCAUUCAUGUGUCUACUAUCGGGCUACACCGACCCUUCUCAGCCCUGAAGUUCAAUGCAGUAGAGCAUGUAUCAAGCUGUGCCCGAGAACCACCCCUCGACACCCCAAUCCCAGAUCUAGUCAACGUACACACCGUGCGCGUCCUACGAGCCGUGGAGGCUCAGAUCCGCCUUUUGGCACUACCGGUUCCUGAAUUUCACCAUACGCCAUUUACCACCUGCAUGGUGAGUGAGGGAACGCUGGCGCUACUUUCGGCCUGCAGUGCUCUAUUUAAAGGCACUCAAUUGUCGACUGCACGAGAUCAGAUCCGGAUGACACUCGGAUGUCUCAAAGUGCUGGGCGAGGUGUGGCCGAGAAUCGCAAGGAAUGUGCGGGAGAUACAGACGAUCGCUCAAACGGUGCUCGGCAUUGGGCCGGUGGGCAAGAAUAGUAUGACGCCUAGCUCCAGUGCUGGCCCGUCUUUCGGUGGAGGAGAGGACGGCCUUGAUUUAUUUACCUGUGUACCGAGCAAUGAUACAACUAACAGCUCUUCCCUUGGUUCUAUUGAGGAUCUUUGUGGGUGGUACAGCCUGGGCGAAUUGAGUGACCUUCCAUGGGGUAUGGGAAAUGGCUCAUAA